AUGACCACUUCGCAAAGCUCGCUCUGGGUCUUGAAGAAGGCAGUUCUUGUUCAUGCACCUAAUCUUGAUGUUUUUUGUCGUGCUGACCUUCGUAUUGACCAUAAUCAAACCGCGAAACAAGGAUCUAUCUCCCUUUCGAUUACGGCAAAUCUUGCUAACACGAGCGGCAGAUCACAGGUACUCACAUUGAAUAUCCCCCCAGACCGAGUUGGAAAAUGUGCUUUAGCUCGGAAAAGCAACGAUACCCUCUGUCCCUCUCAUUUUCUUCCCAUUCUCCCAGCACCUGUUGCCAAUGUUUCGGAUGUCUCGACAAUGAGUCUGAGGCUUUGUACGACCGGCAUUGUUCUUUGUCCAUCGGAGAUGGAGACUCUAAGCCCAGCCACACCAGGACACGUGGGGUUUCACUCGUUUGCAAAGAUUUGCCAGUCGGAGUUUCUUCGUCUACACUUUUCUAGACGACAGUUUGUGAAUAGAGAACUUGACAAGCUGGAAAGUUUCUCCUGCGCCUUGCGAAAAGGAAGUCUUCAGAGAGUGUCAUUUAACCACGCUCGCCAUGGCGUGGUUCAGAAAGAUUGGCGAGUCUUUCGUCUGUCGCCCGAUCCACCUCCAUACUGUCAGGGGCCCUGGUCCGAGCAGGCGAAGGAGGCGGAUCCACCCCUAUAUUGUGAGGAGUCCGUGUCCAAGGAGGGCAUUGGAAAGCGGCGCAGAGGUAUCUUCUCGUCUUACCACCCCUGGUCAAUGUCACCCAACGAUGACAGACGAAAAAGACUGCUCCUUCCAUCCCCUCAACUGAUAGGCUCUCCCACCGAAGAGAAUACGCCGAGUACUUUCUCCCCGUCACCGCCCGCGAUUCUCCCAACUGAGUUUACGCAUGCUUCCUCUGCUGGCCGCACAGAGCGUAACAGACUUAUACGUCUUGCAAAUGAACUCUGUGGUCUUUCCGAUGACCUGAUUCGCGAACUCUUAAUACAAUCAGGACACCAACAUCUGCUGGCCACGCCACCAGACGUAGACCGUGACAUAGAGAAAAUGCGUUUUGCCGAGAUCGAGACGAUUGAGCGUCGCCUCAAACAUUAUGUCGAUGAGAUGAUUGAGCGCCGCCUCAAAUCACACGUUCUCAACGAGAUUGUCGAUAGAGCUGUCAGCGAGUGUCGUGAUCAGAUCUACGACGAGUACAAAACGAACGAGGCCGAAUUCCGUGAACAGGUCGACGAUGGUAAUUCCGAAGUACGCAAUACGGCCAAUGAAUGUAUGAAUGAAAUCAAAGAACAGGCGCGAAUGUACAUGCAUGAAAUGGAAGAACAAGCGCAACAGUAUAUGAAGGAUAUCGAGGAUCAGGGAAUCGAGGUUGAGAUGUCUGCGGAAGGAAAAGUUGCAAAGUUGAAGCGCUGGUUCAAUGCUGCUGGUCAGUCCUUACUUAGCAGCAACUCCAGCCCUAGCCACGAGCCGGGUGCCAAUGCCAGGCGCCGCUCCGUUUAA